AUGCGAGCUCUCGAGAUCGAUUCAUGGUCUGUUAUUCUAUGUGUUGAUGUUAAAAAAGCACGCAAUUUACUUGGUCGAGAUCAAAAUGGUCUUAGUGACCCUUAUUGUGAAGUGAGGGCUACACAUGUUCACAACGACCAAGAUCAUUCAGAUGAACUGAUAUCCUCGUCAUCAGCCACAUCGCCUUCAACAUCACCUUCAACAUCACCUAAUCGUCUACAACGAGAGCCAUCAUUACUUUCUUCUGGUAGUGCAUCCUGCAUGUUGACUUCGAAAAAAAAGUUAAAAUCAUCAACGACAAAAGAUAGCCGGCGAGGCACUAAAAGUAGUAGUCUAAGACGCACAAUAAAUCGUUCAUCAACAGUAUCAUCUAAUGAUGGCGAAGCUCAUAAAGGCUUUAUUUAUUGUACAGAAGUUCAACCAAAAACUACUAAUCCUGAAUGGAAUGAACAUUUUGAAUUUGAGAUAGAAGAUAUACAAGAACAACGUUUACUUAUAAGGGUAUUCGAUUCAGAUCAUGAUCAUGAUCAAGUAUCAGGAUUUAAAACAGUUGUUCAAGAAAAACGAGGUGUUUCACGCAAACUUCGUGGACUUCAAAAUUUCAUAAGAACAGGUGAAAUUGAAGAUGAUUUUCUUGGUCAAUCAUUAGCUACAUUCGACCGUGAACAAUGGUUUGCUUUAACACGAUCAAAUCAAAGUCGUUUAAAUGCUAAUAAACCACGAGGUGAAAUUCUACUUGGAUUAAAAGUUCAUUUUAAAUUGGAUGAUAAAAACACGAAACCUCGUCAAGGCGUAUCAAAUGAUACUGUGUUAGAACUUCGCCGUUGCCAAUCAUCAUUAUCAUCUGCCAAUCAAAUGAAUUCAUCAAUUAUAGUCCGUCCAAGCAUUUUUCGACAAAAUUUUCGUCUAUCAUCAAUGCAACCUCAUGUUUAUGCAAAAUGGCCUAUUUUGAAAGAUAAGCUUAAAGCAAAUUUAAGUCAAGGGGAUUCAUGUUUAACAACAGCUGUUGAUUCCGAUUUACCAUUGCUAAUUGAAGAAUAUCAUCAAUUAACUCGCAUUGUUAUGCAACAUGAAUUAGAAGAUGCAAGAGAAGUAAGUAAAAAUAAAGAAUCAAAUGAUUUAAUUAUUAAUUGGAAUGGAUCAAUAAAUGAAUUAUCCUGCAGUGUCCUCACACAAUUUCGUGUAUUAUACAAUAUUUCAAUUCUAUCAGAAGCACUGAUACACUUACUUGUUAUUAUGGAACUUCGAUGUUCACAAGAUUAUGAAUCAUUUAUCAGUCAAAGCGUUAUUGAAAGUUAUUUGAAAAUACUCGUAGAACAAGUACGACAAAGAACUGAUUCAUGGUCUGUUGUUCUAUGUGUUGAUGUUAAAAAAGCACGCAAUUUACUUGGUCGAAAUCGAAAUGAAGGUCUUAGUAAUCCGUACUGUGAAGUGAGUCUUGUGCAUAUUUCGAGCAUUGAAGAUGAUUCAAAUGAAUUGAUAUCAUCGCCAUCAGCUGCACCGUCUUCAAUAAAACCUACUUGUCUAAGACUAGAUCAGUCAUUACCUUCUUGUGGUGGUGCAUCACCUUCAAAAAAAAAGUUAAAAUUGCCAGCGAUAAAAAAUAGCCGACGAAGCAGUAAAGGCAGUAUUCCAGGACGCUCAAUAGAUAUUUUAUCAACAGUAUCAUCUAAUGAUGGCGAAACUGAUAAAGGCUUUAUUUAUUGUACAGAAGUCCAACCAAAAACUAUUAAUCCUGAAUGGAACGAACAUUUUGAAUUUGAGAUAGAAAAUGUACAAGAACAACGUUUACUUAUAAGGGUAUUCGAUUCAGAUCGUGAUCAAGUACCAAGACUUAAGCCAGAUGCUCAAGAAAAAGGAGGUGUUUCGAGCAAACGUUUUAGUAUCCGAAAAGUCUUCACGACCGAUUCACGUGAAGAUCAUUUUCUUGGUCAAGUUGACGUUGAUUUUAGACCAUUAGCUACAUUUCAUCGUGAAGAAUGGUUUCCUUUAAAAGUAUUAAAUCGAAUUUGUUUAAGUAAUAGUAAACCGCUGGGUGAAAUUCAACUUAGAGUGAAAGUUAAAUUUAAAUUGGAUAAUGAAAAUAUAACAACUCAUCAACAUGUGUCGGAUGGUACUUUAGCAGAACUCCGUCGUUGCUGUCCAACAUUAUCAAUUGCUGAGCAAAGGAAAUCAUCAAGUAUGUCGCUUCGAAGUAGUUUUUUGACAAAGAUUCUUCCAUCAUCAAUGCAACCUCAUAAUUAUGCAAAGUCGCCUAUUUUUGAAGAUAAGCUUAACAGGCAGUUAAGUCAAAGUGAUCCAUGUUUAACAACAGCUACUGAUUCAGAUUUACCAUUACUAAUUGAAGAAUAUCAUCAAUUAACUCGCAUUGUUAUGCAACAUGAAUUAGAAGAUGCAAGAGAAGUAAAUAAAAAUAAUGAAUCAAAUGAAUUAAUUAUUAAUUGGAAUGAAUCAAUAAAUAAAUUAUCUUGUGCUGUUCUCACACAAUUUCGUGUAUUAUACAAUAUUUCAAUUCUAUCAGAAGCACUGAUACACUUACUUGUUAUUAUGGAACUUCGAUGUUCACAAGAUUAUGAAUCAUUUAUCAGUCAAAGCGUUAUUGAAAGUUAUUUGAAAAUACUCGUAGAACAAGUACGACAAAGAACUGAUGUUAGUGAUCUGGAUUUUACUGUUUAUGAAAAAACGGUAUUUGAAGAAAUUUUCUUUUCAUUUAUUGGUCAUUAUAGAAAACGUGUACGUGAUGAUGCACCAUGGUUUUUACCUUUGAAAGGAAAUUUAUUAAAUAUUCAAAGUAUAUUCGAAACAAUUUGUAAUUUAUUUCAAUUGAAAAUCUGUUCAAAUGAAUCAGAAACAAAAAGACAUCUUGAAGAAACAAUCAAAACUCGUUUAGAAACUGAUAUCAAUGAUUUGUUAACUGAAAUAACAAGAUGGUUAUUAAGAAGUAUGACAGAAUAUAUUCAAGCAUAUUCCAAACCAAUGGUUAAAGCAACAUCAUCAGUGUAUGAUCCAAAUUUAAUUGAAAGUUCGCGUUUACUUUUAUAUUUAUAUUUACACUUACAAACAAUUACUACAGCACUUCGAGAUAAUCUUGAAGCACGAGAUUGGCAAACAAAUGCAUUUAAAUUAAAAUUAGUUGAAUAUCGCCAAUGGUUUUCCCCAAUAAUGACAUUUUUACUAGAAGGUUUUGUUGCGAAAAUCAGACAAAUCAUGGAAAGAGCAGUAGAAGAUGAUAAUGAAUCAUUAGCUACAUUUGAUCGUGAAAAAUGGCUUCCUUUAACAGGAUUAAAUCAAAAUCGUUUAAAUACUAAUAAACCACGAGGCGAAAUUCUACUUGGAUUAAAAGUUCAUUUUAAAUUGGAUGAUAAAAAUACGAACACUCAUCAACAUUUAUUAAAUGGUACUGUGCUAGAAUUUCGUCGCCGCCAUUCAUCAUUAUCGUCUGCUAAUCAAAUGAAUUCAUCAAUUAUAUUAUGUUCAAGUAUUUUUCGACAAAAUUUUCGUCCAUCAUCAAUGCAACUUCGUGAUUACGCACAACUGCCAGUUUUUGAAGACAGUCUUGAAGGAGAGUUGAGUCGAAAUGAUUCAUGCUUAGCAUCAGCUACUGAUUCAGAUUUACCGUUACUUAUUGAAGAAUAUCAUCAAUUAACGCGCAUUGUUAUGUUACAUGAAUUAGAAGAUGCAAGAGAAGCUAAUAAAAAUAAUGAAUCAAAUGAUUUAAUUAUUAAUUGGAAUGGAUCAAUAAAUGAAUUAUCUUGUAGUGUUCUCACACAAUUUCGUGUUUUAUACAAUAUUUCAAUUCUAUCAGAAGCAUUGAUACAAUUACUUGUUAUUAUGGAACUUCGAUGUUCAGAAGAUUAUGCAUCAUUUAUAAGUCAAGGUGUCAUUGAAGGUUAUUUGAAAAUACUUGUAGAACAAGUACGACAAAGAAUUGAUGUUAGUGAUCUGGAUUUUACUGAUUAUGAAAAAACAGUAUUUAAGGAAAUUUUUUAUUUAUUUAUUGGUCAUUAUAAAAAACGUGUACGUGAUGAUGCACCAUGGUUUUUACCUUUGAAAGAAAAUUUAUCAAGUAUUCAAAGUAUAUUCGAAACGGUUUGUACUUUUUUUGGAUUAAAAAUCUGUUCAAAUGAAUCAGAAACAAAAAGACAUCUUGAAGAAACAAUCAAAACUCGUUUACAAACGGAUAUCAAUGAUUCUUUUAGUGUUCAGUCGUUUGCAUUUCAGGAUAAGAAUGAUAUACAAUUAAAUACUGUUAGACAAUUUCUUGAAUUUAUCAAAAAAUUAUCUGAAUCAAUGUCAAUUAUAAAACAAUAUCAAAAACUCUUUUCAUCAUUUAAUAUAAAUUAUAUAAAAGCAUGUUUUUUUGAAACCAACAGUGCAGGUGAUCGUUUAACUGAUAUAACAAGAUGUUUAUUACAAAAUAUGACAGAAUAUUUUCAAGCAUAUUCAAAACCAAUGGUUAAAGCAACAUCAUCAAUAUAUGAUCCAAAUUUAAUUGAAAGUUCGCGUUUACUUUUAUAUUUAUAUUUAUACUUACAAACAAUUAUUGCAGCACUUCGAGAUAGUCUUGAAGCACGAGAUUGGCAAACAAAUGCAUUUAAAUUUAAAUUAGUUGAAUAUCGUCAAUGGUUUUCACCAAUAAUGAAAUUUUUAUUAGAAGGUUUCGUUGCAUAUAUUAGACAAACAAUGGAAAGAGCAGUAGAAGAUGAUAAUGAAGUUUUUCCUGAUGAAGAUUUCAUCCGAUAUUCUCAAUCAUCUAAGGCAGUUGCUAAUGCAUGUAUAAAGCUUUGUCAAGAAUGGGAAGCAAUUGAGUAUCCUGAUAUAAAUAUACGUUAUACAGCACUUAUUAAAUUAACAAAUACAAUAUGUGAGCAAUGUCAACAUUAUGCAAGACGUACAGCACAUAAAUUAUCGGAAAAUAAAUAUUUUACUGAGUUAACUCGUACACGAUCAUUUAACGUUUCAAAAAAAUUAUGUAUCUUAGUUAAUGAUAUUGAAUAUGUUAAGCAGAAACUUCUUUCAUCUUUACCAUGUUUAUUAAAUUUCUCGUCUGUUAUUGAUAAGAUGAUUGAAAACUAUAAUUCAACAGAUUUUCAACAAACGAAAGUAACACUUGAACGUUUAAUAUCAACAGCUGAACAUGAAAUGAAUGAUGUUAUUAAACUUAUAUUUGAACGUGUUGCUACCUUAUUUUAUGUAUCUUUAAAAGAUAAAAUUUCCAAAUACUAUGAAGAUGAAAAACGUAAAAAAGUCGACGCUAUGAAUGAUAUAAAUCAAUACAUAGAUCAAGAAAUUCUUCUCAAAUUAUAUUCAGGUCUUGAAAAAGUCCGAUAUUCUCCUGUUGCUUGUGCUAUACGUAUGAAAACACUAGAAUGUUUAAGGAAAUCAUUACCAUUACAAGAGCCGCCAGAUUUCUAUGAACGUGUUUUACAAUCAUUUAAUAGUUUGGUUUCCUAUUUUGAAACAGUAUGUCGUGAAGAAGAACAUAUACCUGGUCCACCAUGUGAAAAAGUAACAACUUUUCGACGAACACUUCAACAAUAUGCAUUAUCAACUGAGCAAUUACAAUUAAUUUAUUUUCAAGAAAUAACUCAAACACAUUCUCCUUAUCCAUCUCCAACAAAUAAUGGUGUAAUUGUUUUUCGCACUGCAUAUGAAGUUGUCAAUGAUCUUAUUACUAUUUAUGUUCAAAUUCUUUCUUGUCAAGAUUUACCAAGAAUGGAUUAUUUCGGCUCAUCAGAUCCAUAUGUUAUCCUUGAAUUAUUACCAUCCACUCUGUAUCCAAAACGCCCAAAAGAAGACAAAACAAUUACAAUCAAACGAACUCUUGAUCCAGAAUUUAAUCAACUAUUUCAAUGGUAUCGUCUUCCAUUAAAUAUUGUACAUAGACCGGGUGCGGUUUUACGUCUGAGUGUUUGGGAUGAAGAUAUAGUAAAAGAGGAUGAUUUUAUUGGUGAAUGUUUUGUACCAUUAACAAAUAUUGAAUCUUUAAAAAAUCGUGCAUCAAUACGUGAUGUUCCUGUAUCAGAAGUACGUCUGAGAAGACAAAAUAAGCAUGCUCAACCAAAAGUAUAUGAAUUAAUUCGAAAUCGUGCAAAAUUUGAUCAAGAAGCAGCUCUUUUUCUUAAACAACGCACACGCGCAAUGGAAUCAGGAAACGGAAGUGAUGAUGCAUCUGUUAUAAGUGAUGAUAGAAAUUCAUCAGGUUCAUAUGCUAGCACAGCUCUACGCUCAUUACUUUGCUUGCUGCCAUUUAAUAUGGGUUUCAAUUUUCAUUCAACCGCGCAUGAUCAAUCAGAUCUUGGUGAUGAUGACGAAAUAAUCUAA